AUGACACAAAAAUCAAAAUCUUUGAAAAGUUCAAAUUCCACUCCGACCCAUCUCAUCUUGUUGUGUGGAUUUCCUGGCUCAGGAAAAUCCACGUUUGCCACCUUGUGUGAAAAACAUGGUUUUGUCAGAAUCAAUCAAGACACAUUGGGUGAUGCCGCCGAAUGCAAAAAAUUAAUGGAAAAAUCAUUCAAACACAACAAAUCAGUCGUGCUCGAUCGAUGCAAUAUUCAUCCCAAGGAUCGAAAGAUGUGGAUCACAGAAGCCAAAAAACUUGGUGUGAAACAUAUUGAUUUGGUAUGGUUUACAACAUCUCCUGAACAAUGCAAAACGAAUAUUCGAGAACGAAAGAAUCAUCCAACGCUGCCACCAGAAAAUGCAGAUAAGGUUGUGGAUGAAUUUUCGAAAGGUUUUAAACCUCCACAAAAGUUUGAAGGACCUUAUGAAAAUUUGUUUGAAGUGAAUAAUGAAAAGGAAGGUCAAGAAUUGGUGAAAAAACUUGCUCAAUAUUUGUCCACCUCGUCAUCUUCGUCGUCUUCUUCAAGUAAAUAG